UUUUAUACUUGUUUCAAUAAGAUAAAAGUUAAUUUUAUUUGAAUUUAUCUUAUGACAAAUGGAAUUUAAGAUUUUUUCAUAAGCAGAACAACCCUUUUCCGUUGUUCUUAGUCUCCAUUACAAAGUGCAUCAAGCAAGUUAUUAGCUGGUUCUUAACAGGAAUCUUUUCGGCAAACAUAUUUUGGCAAAGGAAUUAUCAUUGGUUAAAUUAAAAAUGAAUUCAAAUGAACAAACUCUUAGAACAAUAACUGUAGCUCAAACAUCUCAAGUUGUUGAAGAUGUGAAAGCAGAUUUGGAUAAUGAAAUAACUAAAACAAAAAAAACUCUAGAUCAAAUUGAUCAAAAUAUUUUCACUUGCAUCAAUGAUUUAAAAAAACUCAGAAGAAGUGUCAUAAUAUCACAUUUUGCAAAUAUGAAAAAUAAUAUUGAUGGAAAUAAAAAUAGUCAGAGAGAUGCUCUUCUGAAAAACUUGGAACGUGAAAACGAAAUCAAAGAUUUGGGUGAAUUUAUGGCACAUUUGAAUAAUGCAUCGACUCAAGUAAAAAGUGAACCCAUGAGCAAUAUUGAAGAAUUAAACAAAAUUGUUUUACAAAAUACCUUACUUUCUGAAAGCUUUAUUCCAAAGACUGGAUUAAUUGAUUUAACAUUUAUUAUUGGAAAUACUGUUAAAAUAAGUGAUUCUGAAAAUGAAAUGAAAUACAAAUGGACUGUUUAUGUACGCAAUGCUGAAGAAGGAGUUGACAAUUUAAUUUACAUUGAUAAAGUGACAUAUUUCUUACAUGAAUCAUAUGAACCCAAUCAUGUUGUAGAUGUAUUUAAAAAACCAUUUUCAUUAACAAGACAUGGAUGGGGAGAAUUUGUAAUUCGUUUACGUUUGUUCUUCAAAGGGAACAUGAAGGUUCAAACUGAUGUGUAUCAUAAACUGUGCCUGGAUAAAGAAAUAACAGCUGGUAUUCCAAUGGUUGCUAAAGAGCAAACUGUAAAGUUCAAUUUAUUACUACAUAUAUAAAAUCUUUUUUGAAUAUACAUAUAGACUAUGUGAAUAGUUUAUAUAGAAGUAUUAUAACUAGAGUUAGGAUGUUUUAAUUUUAAUUUUCUUUAAAAUUUCUAAUUUUAUUUUGCACUUUUUUGCAUUU